ACAAGGCGCCGCCUGCCAUUCUUUUGUGUUUUGGGAAGACUUUCUCAUUGUUGCAAAGUCUUGUCUGUACUGCUAGAAAUACUGUGAAUUCCAGCCAUGUACUUGUUUGACUUGAGUGUUGUGUGCGUCUGUCUAGCUUGUCUGAUACCAUCAACACGGAGUCUGCCGUGGAAGGUUGAACCUGGGAAACAUCAUGAGCAACGAAAUUGGGAGCAGCGCAACUUCGAUACAGUCAGAAAAAUCUACGAUCUCACAAUCUAUCCCAAUCAACUCCCAAUAUUGCAACAAGGAGCCGCAGGGGUCCCCCCAGGCCUCUUCAACGAGGAAGCUACUGGUCGAGUCGAUCCGGUGGGCAAUUUCUCCGGCUUCGAGGAUUCGAUCGAGUACUUCUUCGCUCUCGCACCGGUCCCCUCAACGAACGCGGCCUCGACAGCUAUUUCAAGGAUUCAGAUUACUGAGUUCAGCUCUGCUUGCCCAGAUGUUGCAGCUUCAGUGGUCUACCUGUUCUGCAAUGUUGAGGAUCAGAGUGCAGACAAUGGAAAAGCCCUUGCGCCGUUAAAAGAGGUAGCAUUUUGGAAGUUCGACAGACACGGAGCGGUUCUGAAAUAUGACGCCUGGAUCCCGAACCUCAACGACUGGAUCGAGGCUGGUCUGGGCAUCCAAAUAAACAAUCCUCAGGUCGCCGCGCAAUCAAUCCAACAACUCUGCGGUGGCACCCAGCAGAGGUGCACAGGGGCAAAUCAGCAGUGGGACACCGUCGAGGAAUGCAUAGCUACCUUAUCUGGGAAACAAUACGGGAACUAUGACGAGGCAUGGGGCGACAAUAUCGUCUGCCGGACUAUUCAUCUUGUACUCACCCAAGUGCGGCCGGAGAUCCAUUGCCCUCACGUUGGACCCACUGGAGGCGGCAAAUGUGUGGACUAUGCAUAUCCGCUUCAAUACUUCUCCGAUGAAGCCCUUUACGGUGAUAAACUCGGUGAGACGUUCAGCUGCCAUGAUCACCAUUGAUUUCUCGGUUGGCUCGACCGCACCUUCGGAUUUAGUGUUGAUUCCACUUGCGAGCCGUUGAAAAAAAUCUCUCAAAUGAUCCUCUUAUCUUGUAUAUUCGUCGGCCGUCAGCUUUGCUGAGCUCAUUGGGACUUCUA